UGUCAUCAUAACAACGAGUUAAAGAGGAGAGAAAUGGGGUGGGCGACGACGUAAAAAGCGAUCAAGGUGAAAAACAUUUGGCAAAAAAAAUCUAAAGCGGAAUGCGCGCCUCUUGCUGUUUCACUUGGCCGUUGCGAGUCGUAAGCGAGAGACAUGAAUGCUUAGGAGUUUCAUUGUUUCAUCGCACCUUGUCCUCACCUAAGACAUGUUCCUAAUCAACACGAGUAUGCCAUCACAGUAUGGUAGCAGUUUGGAUGUGUCGGAUGUCAAAGUCAUACUUGUGUUUUGUGUUAACAUAGCUCCAUGAGCAUCCCGAUGUGAGAAUCAAAUAUCAACAUAUUAUCGUAGUGAGAUAGUUUAGCGAAAGUGUGUCGAAAAUUGUGUAGUUCAUCUCUGCAUCGAUUCCAACUUUGGAAUAACUGAUCUAUUCUCCUUCUACUCUUUUGGAAUCUGUAAACAUCAAAUAUGUGCCCUACCCGUUCGCAUCCCUCCCAGUUAUGCAUCCUCUGUUUUGUGUUGCUAUGCAACUGCAUCCAUCUCUCGGCUUCUCCCACUCGCCUCACAGCCUGGCCAAAGCUGCGGAUAUUCGGAGGCAACGAUAUUCAUGAGUCGCCUCAUCGUGAGAUACGCCGCUCGACCGAGGCGUCAACCCCGUCGCCGAUGUCGUCGGCGGGUUCGAAUCAUCUACCGUUAAUCCAGACGUCAUCAUCUCCGUCAAAUAAUUCACCAGGGGGUUCAUUGACCCCAUCAUCGGAACCUGUAACGCCAUCUUCAUUUGCAGCGUCGUCAUCGUCGCUGGACAUGUCAUUUUGCCCGAGUUGUCGCAUGCGGAAUCAAAUUAAAACCGAUGUCGACGACCAGGAGCCGAGGUCACCGAUGAUGUCAGCGGCUGAGAAGGAAUACCGCAUCCAGACCCUCAAAAGAAACAUUCUAGAGGCCCUGCAUCUUGAAUCCCCGCCACUUGUCAAAGCUGAUGCCCCGAGCGUUGACCCAAAGGUCAUUGAAAGGAUCUUUAGCGAAUCAGAAAAGGACGAACCGGAGGACGACGAAGAUUUCAAACAUGACAUCGAGAAAACCAACAAGCAACUGAUAGUAGGUGUUGCAGGUGAGAUGGGUGGCUAUGGCAACGAGCACACGGUCAAACUGAGUUUCGCCAUACCUGCUGACGUUCAGCGUGCCAAGUCUGUCAAGGGAAAACUCUGGCUCGGCCUAGCCAACUCGUCGAGCGCCACCACGGGAUCACUUUUCGUCAUCCAGAGGUUGCAUCGAAAAUACUACGGCACCCAUGUCAUUGGUGUCCAUCGCUUGGAGAGUGCAUCACUAGGGACUUGGAUCGGCAUCGAUUUGUCACCGACUAGGUGGUCAGCCAGCGAACCGGCGGUAGUAUUGGAAGUCAUUUCAGAACCUGCCCAACAAACCGUCGACCUCUCUGCCGGCGCUGUUCUAGAGGUCAACAUGAUGACGCGCGAAGACACUCACCAUCGGCGUACGCGCCGCGGGAUCGAGUGCACAUCAAAUAACCCGACAGGUUGUUGCUUGCAGCCGUUCUCCGUCCAUCGAGACGAUUUGAAUUGGAGUUGGCUCAUUGCUCCGACAAAUAUCCAACUGAACUACUGCCGAGGGUCGUGUGAUUCGGGGACUAGCCCCAUCUUCAAUCAUUCCAGCAUCUUCUACGCGCACACUAUGAGGCAGAUCAACAGUAGCCUUCGCAUGCGGCUCCUACCUUGUUGCACACCUAAGCGCCUCGGUGACGUUCAAAUGCUCAUCAAAUCCGGUGACGACACAAUUUAUCGCAGGACAAUACCAAAUCUGAUGGUACGAGAAUGCGGAUGUGCGUAGCUCCGCUUAACUGCGCGCGCGCUGCGCAACCGGACAGUGCCGGAUACCGGAUUUAACAAAUCAAUCAUCCGAUAUACACAAGCGUCAUUUCAUCUUAAACCUGAGGCAAGUGUUUUUUUUUUACAGUUAGGAAUUUAUUCAAAUCUAGGGAUGGGGGUGGGCAAGUUGGCCUAUAUACCUACCCAUAUACACUUAUAUGCAAAUAUACAUACGUUUCUCUGAAUUUCUCUCAUAUUCUGGCCCACAACCACAAAUUAUUGAAAGAUUUAAUCAAGGGCAC